AUGGCAGGCCCCAAGGUACAGCAGAGUGCCCGCAGCGGCCCAGUGGCCAAGCGCCAGAGAACACGGCGCGAAAGUGAGAAGAACGUCGCAUCGCAGAUCCGCCAGUCUAAGAUAUUUGCGCCGUUCCGAACAGUUGGCCUUGUGUCGCCUACAAGCGUUCCCUUCACAGCACUCCCGCUCGGCAAGACGACCUUCCAGAUCACAACCUCAGUCGGCCGCUCUCUCCAAACGUACGAUCUCAAGCGCGGACUCAAUCUCGUCUUCAUAACUCGACCGCAAACCCCCGAGGAGAUUACUGCGACAGUCGCAUGGAACAAGGUCGUCUUCGCAGCUUGGUCAAGCUACAGGAAAGAAGAAGAGCGUGGCGUGUGGGUAUACCAGCGCGGGAAAAAGAUUGCUGAGCUAGAGAUACCACGCGGCGGCAUACAGCGCAUCAGGAAAUUGGUCGUCCUUGGAGAAUGGAUAGUAGGAUGCGGCAAGUACAAGCUUGAGGUUUGGAGGACAGCUACCCGCGAGCAUUACACGACCCUCCACGGCGCAUCGUCCAGUGACCUCUCGGGCUGCAUCUGCAACAUGCCCACAUAUCUGAAUAAGAUAUUCGUAGGCCGCAAGGACGGCUCUGUCGAGAUUUGGAACCUCAGCACUGCCAAGCUGCUAUACACGCUUCUCCCGCCAGCCGCAGACUUCGGCUCUGUGACCGCCCUACAGCCGACGCCCGCUUUGUCCCUCCUCGCUAUCGCAUACAAGUCCGGCCCAAUUACAAUCCACGACAUUCGCGCCGACAAGGAGAUUAUGCGCCUGAACACAGGUGGCUCGCAGAAAUACCCAGUGACAUCAAUAUCCUUCAGGACCGACGGACUAGGUGCUGGCGACGAUGGUCGUGAAGACGGCGUCAUGGCGACAGCCAGUACUCAGAGCGGCGACAUUACCUUCUGGGACCUAAACAAAGGCGGUCGUAAGACCGGUACUCUGCGCGGAGCUCAUGGUCCACCCCCGGCUGUCAGUGGAGGUGUAGGUGGCGGCAUCAGCAAGAUUGAAUUCCUCGCUGGGCAAGCUGUGAUUGUGUCAAGUGGCUUGGACAACUCUUUAAAGACAUGGAUUUUCGACGAAACCCCCUUCUCACCCCUACCGCGCAUCUUGCAUUCUCGUGGCGGCCAUGCUGCGCCAGUUUCGACUCUUCGCUUCCUCCCUUCCAACUCAGACGGCUCCGAUGAUGUCGGCAAAUGGCUUCUUAGCUCGAGUCAAGAUCGAAGCUUGUGGGGCUGGAGUUUGCGACGCGAUGGUCAAAGCACAGAGCUCAGCCAGGGUGCUCUUCAGAAGAAAGCGAAGAAGAUGGGGCUCUUGAACGGAAAUGCCGAGACUUCCAAGCACCACAUCAAGUUGGAAGACCUGAAAGCGCCAGCCAUCACCUGCAUGGCUUGUUCUCUCAACCGCGAUGGUGGCAUGGGCGCCAUGCCUGGCGUAACUGGCAUCUGGACCAAUUCAUCCAAGGUCAAGGGUCAGGACAAGAAAGCUACAGAGGUGAACAUGACUGGAUGGGAGAGCAUUGUCACAGGACACGCUGGUGACAAAAUCGCGAGAACCUGGUUCUGGGGGCGCAAACGGGCUGGUAGAUGGGCAUUCGAGACAGGCGACGGUACAGAGGUCAAGAGUGUUGCAAUCUCGUCCUGCGGUACGUUUGCUGUGAUUGGUUCCGCUGGUGGCUCCAUCGACAUGUACAACCUGCAGUCUGGCCAAUUCCGUCGCAGGUUUCCCGCUCGACUCACUCCGGCGGAAGCCAAACAAUACAAACUCCGACAAUUACAAGCCGAGGAGGCUAUGGACAUCGCAGACGAUUCGCCACGGAAGUUUGCAAAGGGCGAAGGCAAACACAAAGGAGCUAUCACUGGUCUUGCCGUAGAUGGUCUGAACCGUACGCUGAUAAGCUGCUCCGAUGAUGGCAAAGUCAAGUUCUGGGACUUCGCUACCGGCAUAUUACUUCACGAGAUCGACUGGUACCCCAUGACAAAGAUUCACGGCCUACGCUACCACCGAAACAGUGAUCUGAUAGCACUGAGCUGCGACGAUGGCUCAAUCCGUGUAUUGGACAUUACCACGAAGAAACUCAUUCGAGAGCUAUGGGCAUCGAAGUCCCAUGCUGCGUUGCAGACUCUCGACUACACAUUUUCGAGCGACGGCCGAUGGAUCAUUUCUGCAGCCUCUGACUCCACAGUCAGGGUAUGGGACUUACCGACGGGCCAUCUUAUCGACGCCAUGAAACUUCGCCGAAAGUGUAACACAGUGGCCUUCUCACCUUCGGGCGAGUUUCUCGCUACCGGGCUGGAUGGCGAGGUUGGUGUGCACAUUUGGACAAACCGAACACUCUUCACUCAUGUUUCAACCCGCCAAAUAACAGAAAAUGAUGUCGUCGAAGUGAAUGCGCCGACAGCAUCUGGCGAGGGCGGUGUCGCCGUCGUCGACGCUGCGACAGAAGAGCAGGCAGAAGACGAGGAUCAGGACGAAGUUACAGUGCCAGUCAUGGACCAGCUCAGCGACAAGAUCACAACACUCAGCUUAGUCCCGAAAUCUCGCUGGCAGACACUGUUACAUCUCGAUGUCAUCCGUGCCCGCAACAAGCCCAAGGAGGCUCCCAAAGCGCCAGAGAAGGCGCCUUUCUUCCUCCCAUCCCUUGGUCAGAAUCAAAUUCAGGGAGCAGACAACACUGCUCUCGCACCACUCGACCAAGACCCCAAAUCUCGUAUUUCCAGCUCCGCGCUUGCUUCGCGUUCUAGCGCCGCCACGGCUACUGAUGUGUUCAGCCGUCACCUUGCACAUGCGACCGAGACUGGCCAAUAUACACCUCUCCUAAGCCACCUCUCUUCCCUUCCUCCGUCGGCCGCUGACAUCGCAAUUCGCACCCUUGACACGACGGAGCCUUACACUGAGCUACGAACUUUCAUUGAGGCAUUGACUGCGAGACUACAAGAACGUCGAGACUACGAGCUGGUACAGGCUUGGAUGAGUGUGUUCCUGCGACUACAUGGAGACAUUGUGGUCAAGGAUCCCGAGCUUGUGGGCGAAUUGAGGAAGUGGCAAGAAGAGGCAAAGAGGGAACGUGAAAGGGUUGGUGGGUUAGUAGGAUAUAGUGUUGGUGUGGUCGGAUGGGUCAGAAGCGCAAGAUAG